AUGGCUGAAUAUCAGUAUCAUCCCGUUGGGGGCCCUCCUACCCCUCCUGAAUCACCACUCAAAGAGAAGUUCAUCGCCAAAGAACUUGCUCAUCUACGCCAUGUUCCCACUCCUCCAGGUCUAGAGGCGACCAAGAAUGAGGAUGACGAUGCUUUGCAGAAUGCAGAAUCGUUAGGGGAUUUUCUGAAUUACCAAGCCCCGGUUCAUCCGUCAUCAACAACUAAGCCCAAGAUCCCCUUUAAAUCGCCCAAACUUCAAUCUUGCUCAUCAGCAGCACAAACAUCCACCAAAACGAUGGGCGAAAUGGAUUUCGUGAUGGACGGCGCAACCCAAUCACUCAUCCAGCGUCAUUUGCAACCAAAUUGCUGCCUAUGCAAUCAGGAAUCUUUCGACAAAAAUUUCCAAGGUUCAAACUCAGGCCAACCCUGCUGGCACCGACAUGAGACUUUCUACACACAUGAAUCCCGCGAUGGUGAGCCUGUUGAAACUAUGAAACAAACAUGCGAGAUCAGAACUGCGGCCCCUGAGCCAGACGGACAAGAAGAGGAAUGUACAGAGGGCUUCUUCCAGACUGGAGGAAAUCAAGUUGAUGGAGAAACCCGAGUGAUGGAGAGCGACUCGGGCAACGAUGAGGCAUUUGCUGGUAUAUUUGUUUGA